CUGGCGCUUGUGCCCCAGCCCGUGGCGCACUCGGGGAGCGGCGGGAGCGCGGCGGGCAGGAUGUGUGACCGGAAUGGCGGACGGCGGCUCCGGCAGUGGCUGAUCGAGCAGAUCGACAGCAGCAUGUACCCGGGGCUGAUUUGGGAAACCGAGGAGAAGAGCAUGUUCCGGAUCCCCUGGAAGCACGCCGGCAAGCAGGACUACAACCAGGAGGUGGACGCCUCCAUCUUCAAGCGGAAAAAGAUGCCAGUCUGGGUUCCCGGAAAUGCCUGGGCAGUUUUUAAAGGGAAGUUUAAAGAAGGGGACAAAGCUGAACCAGCCACUUGGAAGACGAGGUUACGCUGUGCCUUGAACAAGAGCCCAGAUUUUGAGGAAGUGACAGACCGAUCCCAGCUGGACAUUUCCGAGCCAUACAAAGUUUACAGAAUCGUCCCGGAGGAAGAACAAAAAUGCAAACUGGGCAUUGCGCCUGCCGGCUGCGUGAGUGAGGUGGUGGAGAUGGAGUGUGGCCGAGCCGAGGUGGACGACAUGAUCAAGGAGCCUCCUGUGGAUGAUUAUAUGGGGAUGAUCAAGCGGAGCCCGUCCCCGCCGGAGGCCUGCAGAAGCCAGCUCCUCCCAGACUGGUGGGUGCCCCAGCCCGGCAGCACAGGCUUGCCACUGGUGACCGGGUACCCUGCCUAUGAUCCGCACCAGGCAGCUUUCUCCCAGAUGGUGAUCAGCUUCUACUAUGGAGGCAAGCUGGUGGGCCAGGCCACCACCACCUGUCCCGAGGGCUGUCGCCUGGCCCUGGGCCCGCCGGGGCUGCCCAGUACCAAGCUGUAUGGGCCCGAGGGCCUGGAGCUGGUCCGAUUCCCGCCAGCCGACACCAUCCCCAGCGAGCGGCAGAGGCAGGUGACACGGAAGCUGUUCGGGCACCUGGAGCGGGGCGUGCUCCUGCACAGCAGCCGCCAGGGUGUGUUCGUCAAGCGGCUGUGCCAGGGCCGCGUGUUCUACAGCGGCAACGCCGUGGUGUGCAAAGGCAAGCCCAACAAGCUGGAGCGCGACGAGGUGGUGCAGGUCUUCGACACCAGCCAGUUCUUCCAAGAGCUGCAGCAGUUCUAUGGCAGCCAGAGCCGCCUGCCAGACAGCAGGGUGGUGCUGUGCUUCGGGGAGGAGUUCCCGGACAUGGCACCCUUGCGCUCCAAGCUCAUCCUGGUGCAGGUGGAGCAGCUGUACGUCAGGCAGCUGGUGGAAGACUCAGGGAAGAGCUGCGGAACUGGCUCCGUGCUGCCGGUGCCCGAGGAGCCCCAGCUGGACCCAGCCUUCCGGAUGUUCUCUGAGAUUUGUUCCUCACACCAGAGACCCUUUUUCAGAGAAAACCAGCAGAUCACUGUCUAAGUGGUGUUGCUCCCCGCGCCCCCACCCCGCCCGUGGCUCAGUGGUCACAGUGACAGUGGCAGCAUGGAUGCUCUGGUUGGGUGGUGAUGGCCACGUGGCCUGAGGAGCCUGCAUUGGGUGCAGUCGGGCCCGAGUUCUGCUCGUGCAGGAGGUGGGAACUUCUGGGAUGUGUCCUGGACCCUGUAAUUACAACCCGAGAUUAAAAACUGUAUUUUCUGCAUUUUUCUUUAAUUAUCCUUAGUUGCUAUGAUUCAUUCUGCAUUUGGGGUUAAGUGACAUUUCUAAAGUUAAGGAAUGUGGUGUGUGGAGUCAGCUUGGGAGGGCAGGCUUCUUUCUGUCCUCGGGUCUCGUUAGGGAUGUGGGUUGAUGGCUUCUUGUGUUCUCGUCUGUGUGGAGCAGAGAAGCUCUUACUUCUGAGCUCUCUGAUGAGUUUUCUCGGUGUUUAGCUCCAGGCCUCCUGUUCAGGGGUGAAAGCUGAAACCCGGGUGUUCUCAUGGGAGAGCUCCCUGCUUCCUGGAAUUUGGUGCCAGGACAGGGCCUGUCCGCAGGCACGCACGCGCCUUUGGGUGUCUGGGUUUCAGAUAAGGCAGACUUUUCCUUUGGGGUUUUAGUACCUGAAAUCUGAGAGCUAAAUGUAUUAUUUUUAUUUUUGUAAUUAAAUAAUUCCAGGUUCCUUUCCCUUUUCUUUCUGGAUGGUUUUAAAAAUUAUUUGUACUUUUAAUCGCCUGCUCUUACCUGUUCUACUGUAAACUGCUUUGAAUCUCCCGCACUUUAAAGCCUGCCGGAUGCAAACCUCGAGUCUCGAAUGUGCCUGGGAGCUGUGGGAGCAUUUUGCAUAUGUUCAGCUGAUUCCGUCCUCUGCUGCUUGGCUGCCACCCUGUACCUGGGCCCUUGUCUGGGGCGGCCUGGGGGUGUGGCAGGGGCCGUCUGUCUACUCUUUGGGGCUUCCCAGCCCUACUCCAGCCAGUGGUGGCAGGGGAGAAGCCUGCCAGAGCUCCAGCUCUGCCCUGCUGGAGCUCAGCCUGCAGGUGGAAUGCGUCUCCUACCUGGGACAGUGGGGUGGGCAGCUGAUCGCAGGCCAGGAGCUGAAGGCUUGGAGGCUUGGCUUCAUGCCUGGGCCGUUCACUGUCACCCCUGUGACCCUCCAGCUAAUGCAUCUCCAAAACCACUCCCAAUAUGUGCAUUGUAAGAAAGUACUUGAACGUGCUGUCUAAAAACACCCUGUAUUUUAUCAGCUCAAGGCUGCUCCUUGAUGUCUGUGUCCUGUGCGUCCAAGGGCUGCACGGGUGUUGGGGACCUGCUUGUUGCAGCUGUGAGACUUGGGGCCACUGUGGGAGUAGAUGCCAAGUAGACCUGGGCUUGGGGAGGGUCCCCCUUCACUCUGUUCUGGGGCAUAGGACCAGGGCCCCUUUGUGUGACCCUGCCUGGAUCCCCGCACGAUGCAUCUAGAGUCGCACGGUGGGAGGUCAGGGGUCUGGGACUCGGGAGACCCCUGGCAGAGUCUUGACUCAAAAUCUGAAGAGCCAGAGCUCGCUGGGGCAGCCCCCUGCCCCGAGGUGGGGAGCACGUCUGAGGGGCGACCGACAUCUGUGGAGGUGUUUGUGAGCUGAGUGGACGGGCUGGGCUCCGCUCCAGUGUGAACGCAUGUGUCUUUGAUAUGCAGAAUGAAUAUUUAUUUUUGUAUUGUUUAAAAACUGUAUUGAUCUUAUUCUUUAUGGAAAUAAAAUGCUCUUUUAUAAA